GUCACAUUUUCAAGCUUUUAUCUGCAACCGCGAGGGCUAGAAACUUGCCUUUGUUUCAAAUGAAGCUGCGCGUCUCACACAUUCACAUGACUCCUGGAGAUGGGGCUUUAAGGAAAACAUCAAAUAUUGUGAGACUUGCAAUAAAAUCACCAGAGUUGUCAACAGAGGGGAAUUAUUUAUAUUUACUUGGUAAGAUGACAGAUCAGUGCAAACAGUUUCACAAGCUCUGAGUUUUAUUUGGGAUUUUGUUUUAAAUGGGUUUGUUUUUCUAGCAGGGCAAAAAGGUUUACAAUGAUAAAAGGAAGGGAGUGAAAUUCAUAGAGUUCUUGGUCCUUCAGUUUCCAGACAGAAUCAGGAUGUGUUGUAGGUGGUGGAGAUCUUAAUAAAGGAUGGAGUUCCAACCAUCAGAUGUGUCCUGACUAUCUGAUUGCCCAUGGAGUCAUUUUGUCUUUCUGCUCCCACUGCACGCCCUGCCUGAGUAGACUGUCAAACUCCCAGCUGUUAUGCUGUUCCCUGACGCUAAUUGCAUAUGGUUAGGUAUUAAGCUGGGCUGGGAAUGAUCAGGGUCUGGAUGGAUGCCAGAGAAGGUCGUGAAAUCCACAGGGGGCAGUGACUUGGGGCAGUGAUCCAUUCUUAGAUCAGCAAAGUAACAACCUGCUCCUGGCACUCCAGCUGUUGACCCAUGUUUCCCAAGGCAGGAAAGCGAAAGCUAACUCAGCUCAGGCAGGAAAGCGAAAGCUAACUCAGCUCUACUCCCUGGAGGCACCAUGAACCCAGCCCUGCGCCGCCCGUGUCAGGUUGUUUGUUCGAGCUGCCAGGGCCCCUAUAAGAUCCCAGUGACCUUUAAAGGGUGCAAGCACAAGUUCUGCCGCUUCUGUGUCAUCCCCUUCAAGGGGGAGUCGGGCACAGCCACCUUCUGCCCCCUGUGCCACAAGGCCCCUAGGCACGCAGAGGACCAGCCCCAGGGGCAGCCAGGCAGCCGGGCAGAUGAAACUGAAAAAAUCAGUCUGGAAGUGGACAAAGAGGCUGAGGUGGAGCGGGUGUGCCGGGAACACCAGGCGGUUCUGGACCUGUUCUGCACAGAGGAUCAAACCCUCAUCUGCAUGAGCUGCAGGGACUCCCAGGUUCACCGCGCUCACGCUGUGGUUCCCAUUGAGGAGGCUGCCCAGGAGUACAAGAUUAAGCUGCAGACAGCAGUGGAGCUGCUGAAAAAGCAGACGGAGGAAUCUUGGGAAUUGAAAUACCAGGAAGGAAAGAAGACAGCUGACUGGAAGGCGAAGACGCACUAUCAGAGAAUGUGCAUUGAGAUCGAAUUUGAGAAGCUGCACGAGUUCUUGAAUAAGGAAGAGGAGCAGCUGCUGCAGAAACUGAGGAAGGAGGAGAAAGAGACCCUGAAGAAGCUGCAUGGGAAUAUAAUAAAGCUCUCAGAACAGUGCUCCUCUCUGCAGAAGCUGAUCAUGGAGAUAGAGGAGAAGUGUCAGCAACCGGCUGCCGCAUUGCUGAAGGAUGUGAAAGACACAUUGACCAGGAGUGAAAAUAUUCAAGUGCAGGAACCUGAAGCUGUGUUUACUGAACUGAAGAACAUAUACAACAUUCCUAGCAUUGAUAUUAUUGACAUUCUAAGGAAAUUCAAAGUGGAUGUGACUCUCGACCCAGACACAGCUCACCCCAACCUCAUCCUGUCUGAGGACAGGAGAAGCGUGACACACGGAGGCACUCGACAGGAGCUGCCCGGCAAUCCUGAGCGAUUUGAUCCUUAUAUCAUGGUGCUGGGCUCUAGGAGGUUCACAUCAGGGAAGUGUUACUGGGAGGUGGAGGUGGGAGACAAGGUGGAGUGGGACGUAGGGGUGUGCAGAGAAUCUGUGGGCAGGAAGGGGCAGGUUAUAUUGUCUCCUAGCAAUGGAUUCUGGAGAGUCUGGUUGAGGAAUGGAGAUAAGUACUAGGCCCUGAUCUCCCACCCAACCCCCCUCACUGUCAGCGUGCGGCCCAGCCGGGUGGGGAUUUUCCUAGACUACAAGGCAGGCGAGAUCUCAUUUUACAAUGUGACAGACAGGACACAUCUGUAUUCAUACAGUGGAGCCUUCUAUGGGGUUCUGCGGCCUUUCUUCAGCCCUGGCCUCAAUCGGGGAGGUGAAAACACUGUUCCACUGACAAUCUACUAGAAGUCUCUGGGCUAGCUCCAGUAGGAAUCAAAGACACACACAUGGAAGGAGCACCAAGUAAAAAAACUCCCCCCUCCACCAAUACCUCCCCCCACUCACACACUCUCCUCCUGCUGGGGCUCUGAUCUGGCUCCAUGGGGAAGGGGCCAUUGAGGUGGAGAGAAAUGCAGGAGUAGAUUUGGUCCCAACCCAUGUGGCAGAAGAUGGCGAAGUGGGAUACAGACUAUGUUGAUUGCCCGAGGGAUUUCUGGGGGAGGAAAGUAACCGUGAAAAAAUAUGUAGCAAAAUAAUAACUCAUUUAGCUAACUUUUAGAAAAAGUGACUAAUGAAAAAAAAAAAAAAGCCAAGAAAAGCUGGUGACAAUUUUACUCUCUUUUUUUAAAUCACAAGUUUUAUUAAGUGUUUUUCACCAAAAUGUUGACAUUUGAAGUAGUUUUGACCAGCUCCAUAUGUGGCUGAAAAACACAGGCUGUGGGGAAUUCAGAAAAAAUGUUGUCAAAUUCCCUCCCCCUUUUUUUUUUAAAUCAAACAUUUGAAUUUUUCAUUGCUGUUUCAAAAGUGGCUCUUGUGAUCAAUGAUUUCUGGGGUGUCUCGGGUUUUUUAAUGCCCAACCAGAGAUGCCUUAAAGCAGCCACACUGUUUUCAGAGGGAGGUUAGCUGAGCAGCCCCUUUCCUGGUGGCUGAACUGGGGCACUCACAAUCAAAGGGACUGAAAUUUUAGGCACUAGUCCUGCAAACACUUAAGCUCUUGCUUUACUUUGUGAAAAUAGGUAACGACCUUAGUGCGUCAAUACGACUGCUUACAUCUGCAGAGUUAAAAAUCAUGCGGUUGUAGGGACAGGGACUUAGGCUACUAAAAUUGAAUGAUAAGAUAAUGACAGUGAAUGAUGCUAGGAACACUGGGGAAAUGCCACACAAUGAACCCUAAAAUGAUCGUUUUUCUUGAUUCUGCUGCUGAAGAGACAAAAAAAAAAUAAAAAUCCAAAAGCUGCCUUUAAUGGCAUAACAUUAGAUCUUACACAUGUGUAUGAAGCCACCUUUGCUAAGGAGCUGACACAUUCCACAAGAUUUUGCAAGGGAUCUGCAGAUGUGUCUAACUUCAAAGCCUAAAACUAUAGCUGAUCAAAAAUGAGAGCUAUUCAAAAGUUUUCAGAAUGGAUUCCCAUUAAAUUUCAGUGGGAACUGUGUGGCUAAAUCCCAACUGUGCUUUAAAAAAUUUCAAAUAUUGUUUUCUAGAGGUACAAGCUUGUUCAGCACUGAAACUGAAGUUUCAUCACUUAAAUUUACAAAUAUCCCACCAUUUAAAACUUGCAGUACUCAGGUUUCUGGAGUACAGGCAAGUUUCAUCUUAUGCGGGGAUUCCGUUCUGCGGUUAGCGUGUAAAGCGAAAACCACAUAUAGUGAAACACUCAUUGAGUUGAAUGGAGGGCAGAAUCGCCCGCACUACAGAUGCAGUUUUUAUAUUGUUAUUUUU